UGGAAGCGUAACCACACCCUAAGGCAAGAUGAAUACGGAUGUGAAGAUUAUGUCUACUGAAAAAUUGGACCCAAGCCAGAAAAACCCUGACCUUGACACUCUGAACAGCAAUGAUCCAUCGGUACCAAACAUGAAUAUGGAUGCUCACAGCAUCAAUUGCGAAGUCCCAGAGAACGGCUCAGUAGAAUCGAUUGCUGGAUGGUAUGAUGGAUCAGUGAUCCUAGUCACUGGAGGUACAGGUUUCGUUGGGAAGGCACUUCUGGAGAAGUUGCUUAGAAGUUGUCCAGGUAUUGAUACCAUAUACAUUCUGAUGAGACCUAAACGAGGACUGACUGUGGACCAAAGGUAUAAGGAACUGUUGAAGAAUCAGGUAUUUGACCGUAUUCGCGCGCGCUGGCCUGAUCGCCUUGGAAAACUGACACCAAUCACAGGAGAUGUGUCUGCUCCGAGCCUUGGGGUUAGUGUAGAACAGCGGGAGCUGCUGAAAAAUGUGACAACACUAUUCCAUUCAGCGGCAACUGUACGAUUCACUGAUCCUUUACAUGCUGCUACUACGUUGAAUGUUCAAGGAACAGCAUCAGUUCUUAAGUUGGCUGAAGAUAUGCCGAAGUUGAAGGCGUUGGUACACGUUUCGACUGCGUACAGCAACGCCCCGCGAUCUCAUAUCGAAGAACGAGUUUACCCUCCUCCAUAUGAUCCCGAUAGUAUUGUGCGUUGCGCAAAAAUGUUGCCUGCUGAAACAAUUGAUGUUAUUAGCGGAACAUUACAGGGAGAACAUCCUAAUCCUUAUACACUGACGAAGGCUCUGGCUGAGUCCAUAGUCUAUAAUCAUAUAGAUCUGCCUGUUUGCAUCGUCCGUCCCUCUAUAGUGACUGCAGCAUAUCAGGAACCGUUUCCCGGAUGGAUCGACAAUAUCUACGGUGUAACUGGUAUAAUCAUGGAGAUAUCGCGUGGAACCUACCGCUCAGGAUAUUGUAGGGAGCGGUACAUUGUGGAUUUGGUGCCAGUUGAUCUCGUGGUAAAUAGCUGUAUAUUGGCGGCAUGGAGACAGGGAGCAAAACAGCCGGGAAGAUGUCCAGUCUACAACGUAACAUCAGGAUCGAUCAAUCCCCUACAAUGGGGACAAUUCACACGUCUCUGUAUUAAAUGGGCAAGAGAGAACCCGACCAAAUAUGUGAUGUGGUAUCCCAACUUUUCGUUUACGGAGUCCCGUUUCAUGAAUACUUUUUGGGAGGUAUCUUGUCAUUUUUUGCCUGCAUUCCUCUAUGAUAUCGUACUGAGAGCACAGGGAAGAAAAGCAAUAAUGAUGAAACUCGCUCGACGUUUCAAAAUGGCCGCCGCUACUGGGGAAUACUUUGCGAAUCACGAAUGGCAGUUCGGUAUUUCUGAACUGUUGACUCUGAACAACGAUGCACAGGGCGCUGUGGACCACGCUACCUUCCCCCACUGGCCGGUGCAGUUCAACUGGGAGACCUACAUAGGCGCAUAUAUGUUGGGAAUCAGGAGAUUUAUAUUAAAGGACACCCCUGAAUCCUUACCAAAUGCUAGGACUAAAUUGAAAAGAUUAUACUGGGUACAUCGAUUAUUCCAAGUUGCCACCGGUUACUACAUUUUCAAAAUGCUGGCAGGACGUUUACGGUAGAGAGCUGUACAGUUAAUAUUUAGAUCCAUUUAAGUACUGUAAAGAAUUAUUAACAGUAGGAAAUUAGCUGUAUCAUAACUUUAGUACCUUAAUUAAAUGUCAAGGAAUGAAUUUGCAUAAGCUCAGUCCACAGUGCCUUAAUUA